CAUACAUUCCCUCACACCCGCACCGAAAACAUACCAUUGUUAGAGACACACUCUCUUAUCCAUCACCCACACACUGUCUCUUUCUACAAAAUCUCGCUCCCUCUAGAAAAAGAAAAAACAAAGAAAAUGGGAAAAUAAUAAAUUUAGUACCCAAAAAAAUAAGGGUUUUGUGGAGAGUAAAGGGAGUGUUACUGUGAUGGGGAAGGGUUCGAAGAUCAAUUGUAAGUCAGCAUCUCAUAAGCUUUUCAAGGACAAGGCGAAGAACCGAGUUGAUGAUCUUCAAGGGAUGUUCUUGGAUCUGCAGUUUGCAAGGAAAGAAAGCCGCACGGUUGAUGUGGCUGUCCUUGAGGAGCAAGUUCAUCAGAUGCUUCGUGAAUGGAAAGCUGAGCUCAAUGAGCCUUCUCCAGCAUCUUCUUUGCAACAAGGUGGUAGUCUUGGGUCAUUCUCAACGGACAUAUGCAGGCUGCUGCAGCUUUGCGAGGAGGAAGAUGAUGCCACUAGUGCAUUAGCAGCACCAAAACCGGAACCUAAUGAUCAGAGCUUGCAAGUUGGAAACAAUGUUGUCUUUCAAGAGGGAUAUGUUGUGAAUCAUGAUCAGCAAGAGCAUGUCUUCCCAUUUGUUGAUCAAUGCAAAGACUCCCCUUCAGGAGUUCGUAGCAUGGUGAUUAAUAACAUGGAAGUGGUUGCUCAGUUGGAAUACCAUCAUUUUGAUUUACCUCAGAAUUCUGAGCAAAACUUUUACACUGGUUAUAAUGGCAUGGAUUUGGGUGAGGAUGCUACCCAUCUUGUUUCCAGCUAUCUACCAAGCAUGUGUCCUCCGCCUUCAGCUUUCUUAGGCCCAAAAUGUGCCCUUUGGGAUUGUCCAAGGCCUGCACAAGGAGGGUUGGACUGGUAUCAGGACUAUUGUAGCAGCUUUCAUCAUGCUGUAGCAUUGAAUGAAGGGCCACCUGGACUGAGUCCGAUUCUGAGACCUGGAGGAAUUGGUCUGAAAGAUGGUCUUCUAUUUUCUUCCCUUAGUGCAAAGGUUGAAGGAAAAGAUGUUGGAAUCCCAGAAUGCGAGGGAGCUGCAACUGCGAAGUCCCCAUGGAAUGCACCUGAGCUAUUUGAUCUUUCGGUUCUCAAGGGUGAAACAAUUAGGGAAUGGCUCUUUUUUGAUAAGCCUCGCAGAGCAUUUGAAAGUGGGAACAGAAAGCAAAGGUCAUUGCCUGAUUACACUGGGCGUGGUUGGCAUGAGUCAAGGAAACAAGUUAUGAAUGAAUUUGGAGGGUUAAAGAGAUCAUAUUACAUGGAUCCACAACCACUGAACAAUUUUGAGUGGCAUCUUUAUGAAUAUGAAAUCAAUAACUGUGAUGCUUGUGCAUUAUAUAGAUUGGAACUGAAGGCUGUUGAUGGAAAGAAGAGUGCUAAGGGGAAACUAGCAAAUGAAUCAGUUGUUGAUCUGCAGAAGCAGAUGGGGAGACUCACUGCUGAAUUUCCCUCUGACCACAAGCGUGCUGUCAAAGGACGGACCAAAGUGAAUGCUAAGGCCGGUGUCAGAAAUGUUUAUUCAGGCGCAACCCGGGCGGCACCAACCAAUGAAGCAUAUGACUAUGGGCCAAGUCCGCAUUAUGAUUAUCUCGUUGAGAAUCUAGGAGACUACUAUCUGACACAGUUUAAGAAACCAUGAUUGAUGUGGAAACAAGCAUUGUUUGUCGUCUAGUUGCAUUAGCUUAGGCAACUUUUCAUAGUAGUGAUGCAUGGGUCUUUAGUUUUCCAUCCUCAAUAACAUGAGUUCAAGAACCUUUUUCACCACAGAAUUGUGCAUAGUUCGUUCACUUGAGCGCUGCCUGCAUCACUGUUGAGGAAGCUGGAGCGUAUUCUAAUUUAUUGAAGGUGAAGAAAAAUGGCUGUUUGUCCUCAGUCCAUUUUUAUAUAACUGAUAUGAUAUGCUGAUUCACCCUGGAAAGUGGAAAAUCACCAGAAUAGCAAGUGAUGGAUGCAAACAAUUGCUAAUAUACUGAUAUACUUUACAUUUUUUUUUGGGAGGGGGGAUUUAAGACUAUGCUACUAAUAGCUGCUGUUUUCAUGCUAAUGGAAGAUACGUUUUCAUUAGGACUUACCUGCUCUCAAGUAUAUGAUAUUGUCUGUUUAAAUUGUUAUGCUCUCUACUCUUUCUCAGGAAUUUGUAAAUAUUAAUUCGAAAUUUUACAAA